AUGACAUGUUCAAAUGUUCAAGGAAAAGGGGCAGAAAGCUUGGAGGAGAAAGAAGGAAAUGAAGAUGCAGAAAACAAAGUAGAAGAGGAUGAAUCCAUGAAUGUUCUUAAUGAUAGAAGAGUUUUCACUUAUAUAGAACGAACGAACGAGUUUGAUGAAAACUACAUUAAUAUAAUAUUAAAUUUUAAAAAGCUCAAUAUAAAGAGUGAACAAAUUUUUGAUGAUAUAGUAAGUGCAAAUAAAAUUAGUAUCAUAGAUGACAUAAAAAAAGCUCAAAAGGAGUUGGAAAGGAUAAGUAGAGGAAAGUCAAAUUAUCAUUUAUAUAAAAAAGAGCUGACGACUCAAAAUAAUAUUGAAAAUUUAAAAUAUGAUAAUUCAAAACAUUUAAGUGUCAUUUGGGAAUUGGAUUUAUCAUUUAAUUAUUUUACUGAAAUUUCGAUUGAUGACAUUUUAUCCAUUCUUUUUAAAAACGAUAUAAUUAAGGAAAAAGGUAUUCUACAUUUAAAUAAUUUAAGGGCAUUAAAUUUGAGGAAAAAUUACCUGAACAAGGUACCUUAUGUGUGUAAAUACACGUUAACGCAAUUGCGCAUUUUAUGCUUGUCGCAUAAUGAACUAGGAGGACUGGGGAAUAUAUGUCAAGGGAAUAUUGCUAAAGAAGAAGGCGCAGAAGGGGAAGGAGUACAGGAGAACGAAGCAGAGGUGGAAAAUAUGCCGGUUGAUGAAGGUAUACUAAAUGAAAAUUUUCCAAAUUUAGAGCAUGUUUAUUUUCAAAAUAAUAAAAUUGAAUCAUUUAUUUUUUUAAAAUGCUUGUUAAAUAAGCAUAAAAAAAUUACACACAUAAAUAUUAGCUUCAAUAAAAUAAGCUCAUUUAAAUCUUUUCCAUAUUUAAAAAAUUUAAAAUAUUUUGACUUGUCAUUUAAUACAGAACUGUUAUUAUAUAACGAUAAUGAGGAAGAUGAAAGGAGAAAAAGAGAAGAAAUAACCAUGGAAAUGGAACAGCAAAACAUUUUUAACAACAAAUAUUUUUCCUUGCCCUUAAAUUAUGAUAAGCAAGAUUUUUUAAUUUAUAAUUUUUUAAUGUUACUCAAACAUUCUUUUCCAAAUUUACAAAAAAUUAAUAUAAAACACACGCCAACGUAUAGCUUAAUCAAGCAUAAAAUAAAUAGAGAAAAUAAAAAUGAGUUCAUUUACUACCCCUUCUGA